AUGGGGGAAAUGGAACAGAUGAAGCAGGAGGCUGAGCAGCUGAAGAAGCAGAUUGCGGAUGCCCGGAAAGCCUGUGCAGACACAACGCUUGCUCAGAUUGUGUCUGGAAUGGAGGUUGUUGGACGCAUCCAGAUGCGCACCCGAAGGACCCUGCGGGGACACCUGGCCAAGAUCUACGCCUUGCACUGGUCCACGGACUCCAAACUUAUGGUCAGUGCCUCACAAGAUGGGAAACUGAUUGUAUGGGACACAUACACAACUAACAAGGUUCAUGCCAUUCCCUUGCGUUCCUCCUGGGUCAUGACCUGUGCCUAUGCCCCCUCUGGCAAUUUUGUGGCCUGUGGAGGCCUUGACAACAUGUGCUCCAUCUACAGCCUCAAGUCUCGUGAAGGCAGCGUCAAAGUGAGCAGGGAGCUCUCAGCCCAUACAGGAUACCUCUCCUGCUGCCGAUUUCUUGAUGACAACAAUAUUGUGACUAGCUCUGGAGAUACCACAUGCGCGCUCUGGGACAUCGAGACGGGGCAGCAGAAGACAGUGUUCAUCGGUCACACUGGAGACUGCAUGAGCUUGGCCGUCUCCCCUGACUUCAAGCUCUUCAUCUCUGGGGCUUGUGAUGCUACUGCCAAACUGUGGGAUGUGCGGGAGGGCUCCUGCCGCCAGACCUUCUCAGGGCACGAGUCCGACAUCAACGCCAUCUCCUUCUUCCCUAACGGCGAAGCCAUCUGCACCGGCUCCGAUGAUGCCACCUGCCGCCUCUUCGACCUGCGGGCGGACCAGGAGCUCAUAGUGUACUCCCACGAGACCAUCAUCUGCGGAAUCACCUCCAUUGCCCUCUCCCGCAGCGGGCGGCUCGUGUUUGCUGGGUAUGACGACUUCAACUGCAACAUCUGGGACUCCCUGAAAGCAGAGCGUGUGGGAAUCCUUUCUGGCCAUGACAACAGAGUGAGCUGCCUGGGGGUGACAGCAGAUGGCAUGGCUGUCGCCACUGGCUCCUGGGACAGUUUCCUCAAGAUUUGGAACUGA